CUGGUUAAUAUCACCAUUUCUUCGCCAUACAAUUGUACAGAAUACGUGGCGCUUGCCCCCAGAGACAAUACACCGCUGGAACGACGAGAACACAGGGGCAAGAACACUUUUCAUUAUCUGAGAGCUGGAGUUUCGUGCUCACCAAGGGAAGUACCAUCACGCUCCUACAAUCCCAAUAAUCAGCACAGUGCACCCCAGCACGACAUCCAGGCGAGCCACCCAGUUUUCACCUCCUAUUCACGUACCUCAUCGAGCAAGCAGAGUCGACGUGUCUACGUAUAUGAUGAGGAAGCUGAAUAUGGGGAAAUGGGGAAUACGUAUUUGUACAGAGAGCAAAGAGCGCCAAAGUAAAGGCAUGGAAAGAGCGACAUAACAGCAUGUACUCUAGCUAUGGCCAGGAACAGAUGAGAGAAGAACAAUCCGAAUACUCCAGACCACGAUCUUCGUCGACCACCUACAGGGCACCACGAAAGCCCAACUCUGCCACAAACCCUAGCGAAAAUGCAACGGAAGAGGACGCCAUCCGUGCAGGUAUCCCAGCCAGCUAUUCUAUCAAAGAUUGGGACUCGACAGAACGACCCAUCAUUCUACUAGGCAAGGUCUUCGACGCCGACUCUCUCGGCAGAUGGAUGUACGAUUGGACAGUCCAUCAUCACGGCGCGUCGACUCCUAUGGCCGACAUGGCUGGGGACUUGGUGCUACUGCUCAUCAAACUUGCAGGCACAAUGAAAAGAUCAGAGAGACGUGUCGAACGGAUUCGAAACGUUGAUGACCGGGAAGUGGUCGGUGAUUUCAUCGAUAGCGGCAACAGAUUGUGGGGAAGCUUCGAGGAGCUCCUCAAAGAGUGCGAACAUUACAUGUUGCAGGCCGCCAAGCGAGACGGCACAAAGACGAUGGGCAGAAAAGUAGGCACUGAAUUUGUCGAGUCCCCUCGAGUCGACGGAGAAGACCAUGAGCCAGGUCAGGCUUUGGAACAUGCGCUUCGAUGUCAACUGUUGGGAGACAUUUAGGCCAUCUGCUGCCUAGAAUCAAAGGCAAAAGGAUCUGGACAUUUAAAGUAUUUGACGCCACGUGACUUGCACAUUGGUUGCGAGUCUCCGCAUAAUGACAUCUGUGUUUCCAAACACUUCUAGUCGCCAUGGGAUACAUAGUGUUUGGGACUUCAGGAAUGUCUCUCGUUGAUUCAACCAUACUUGUCGGGCGUAAUAAGGGAGUCGACAAUGUCAUGGAGGAAGAGCUUAUCUUGCAGUGCUGGGACGAUCGUACAUUCACACCUCAGGAUCAAAAUUAGCUUAAUGCAAGGCCGGAAAGAAUCUUAACUGACCACCCAGUACGUUCUACAUCAUAGACAAGUUGAGGACAUAAAGCGUUCAGUGCGCGAGAAGUGCACUCUUUGAUAGAGUCCAAACAAUCCUCAGAUUUCUUGCAACAGAGGAAACAUGUUAUUGCAACUUGAAAGAACGUAUGGCCUGGGAAGGGAGAUUGCCGGAAGGCUGCGACUCCAGUUCUGAGUGAUAGAGUAUGGUAUUCGACCUGUACUCUCAAAGCAACACUAGGGUACGAAGUUAUCUCGAGAAUCCUAUCCAUUUGAGCUCCGGUUUCAAGUGAUGUGUUAUUUGAAGGAUAUUGAAGUAGGACUGGAUAAGCAGCUUGGAAUAUAA